GAGAGUCCGGGAGGAAGGGGCGUGACUUGACUUGGACAUCUCUCCUCGCAAAAAACAUCUCUGAUCCAGUUCAGGUGCCGAAAGCAACAAAAGUAGACGUGUCCGUUUGUAGCGCCUCAUCCGGGACUACCGCCACUGCCCCUUCUCCCUCUACCGCAACCCAGCCUUCAAAACAAAUCCGCUUCAAAUUUCACCGCAAAGGGGAUUAUUUGUCACAAGAAGGGCGACGUUUGGAGUUGAAAACAAGGACGGAAGUUUGCGGCAUAUUCUCACGUCUCCUCCCACUUUUCAAUUUCGCAACUCCUGCUUUUGAAGAUAUUGCAGCACAUGGGGAACAAUUUCCUCGGAUACCCAAGUGGGAAGUCUUGGAUCCUGGAACAUGUGCUUUUGUUUUUGAUGUAGUCUUUCCACUGCCGGACAACAGUGAGAAAUAGCUGAAGCUGAACGUGGAUUUUAUGCCUCUUCAACGGAGCACUGAAUGUCCUGAGGAGCAUCACAAAUAUGUGGCAAGAUGAGUUCGCUGCGGUUCCAAAGCGUCUCACCUGUGGAAUAUUAAACCUCACAAACUUGUUACGUGGAUUAUAAUCCCCCCCCCCUGCCCAUUUGAAUUUGAAGACCUUCGUCAUGCACGCAAGACGUGGACUCGUGGCCCAUGUGUAGCAGGGCAUCAUUUGCAGCUCGCGGGAUCACAUAGUCCCAGACUUUUUUUUUUUGGGGUGGGGGGUCGUUUUACACCUCCCAGGGGCAAAAGGACCGCACGCCCCGAUUGCCUCCGCUCAAAGCCAUUGAGAAGGACCUGACUCAGCGACGCAAAUGGCAUUGCGCAGGUUUUUCAAGAGGCCGGGCAGCAAUCUGGGGAAGGGCUACCAGCCGGGGAGCAUGAUGUCUCUGGCCCCCACCAAAGGACUCCUGAACGAACCGGGUCAGAACAGCUGCUUUCUCAACAGUGCCGUGCAGGUCUUGUGGCAGCUGGACAUCUUCAGACGCAGCUUGAGGCAGCUACCCGGCCACUUCUGUCUUGGCGAGUCGUGCAUCUUUUGCGCAUUAAAGGGCAUUUUCUCCCAGUUCCAGCACAGUCGAGAGCGCGCGCUGCCAUCAGACAACCUGCGUCACGCCUUGGCGGAGACCUUUAAGGACGAGCAGCGCUUCCAGCUGGGCUUCAUGGACGAUGCCGCAGAGUGCUUUGAAAAUAUACUGGAGAGGAUCCACUUGCACAUCGUGCCCGAGGAGACCGACGCAUGCACUUCAAAGUCUUGCAUCACCCAUCAGAAGUUUGCCAUGUCGCUUUACGAGCAGUCCGUGUGCCGCAGCUGUGGGGCAUCCUCUGACCCGUUGCCGUUUAUAGAGCUGGUGCAUUAUGUCUCCACCACCGCACUCUGCCAGCAAAUGUCUCAGCGCAAGGACGAUUCCUUUGGAGAACUGUUACAAGCGGCGUGUACGGUCGGCGACCUUCGCAACUGUCCCAGCAAAUGUGGCCAGAGGAUUCGGAUCAGGCGCGUCCUGAUGAACUCCCCGGAGAUCGUCACCAUCGGCUUCGUGUGGGAUUCGGACCAGUCGGACCUCACCGAGGACGUGAUCCGCUCACUCGGGCCACACCUCAGCCUGUCAGCGCUUUUCUACAGGGUGACCGACGAGCACGCCAACAAGGGGGAGCUGCAGCUCGUGGGGAUGAUCUGCUACUCCAGCCGCCACUAUUGUGCCUUCGCUUACCACACCAAGUCCUCCAAGUGGGUCUUCUUCGAUGAUGCCACCGUAAAAGAGGUCGGCUCUAGGUGGAAAGAUGCGGUCAGCAAAUGUAUUAAAGGUCACUUCCAGCCUCUUCUGUUGUUUUACGCCAACCCGAAUGGCAGCGCCAUUACGGCGGUGGAUGCGUCCCGGCAGAAUUUAAGCCAAACCCACUACAAGAACCUUGAGAAUGGAGAAGGCGUGACAUCUCCGCUUCCACCCCCGAAGAAACUGGAACUAACCAAAGAGAAUCUGAACGCUCUACUGGGUCUUCCACGCUCCUUAAAUCAGAAGCCCCCGACCAGCUUUAGCCGCAACGGUGCCCGAACUAGUGGAGGACGUGGUUCAGGGAACACUGGCGCCAGCGAGACCAAGCGGCAACUCCAAGAGAUUUUCAGGGAAGUUGCGCAGCGAGCCAGCAGAGAGGCGCAUCCAGUCGGAAGAGACUCCGAUGGAAGCGGUCAGCGUCUGGCGGAAUCACACCACAAAGAUGCUGGUCAAGAUCACCUCCACUCACACUCCGUCUCCCCGCCAGAAAAUGGUUUCAAGCACGACAUGGACCCUCGUUUGUACAGCAGCCAGGGCAAAGGUCCCACACGGAUUUACCACCCACCCCAACUCGGCAGCAGGUCUUCUCACGUGGUGCCCCUUCGCUCCAACUCGAGGGUUCAAGUGCUACCCAAUGUGCCCAGCGUGAGAAGUGCUCACUACAGUAGGAAACCGGAGACCAACGGCUAUGACACCGACAGCAGCCAGGACUCUCGCGGGCGUCCUGGUAGCGCGGGGAACGGUCACGGCAGAUCCACUCGGCCCUGGAAGCCCGUGCGGGAACCGCUCAAUGUGGACAGCGUCUCAAGCGGCACUGACUACGCGGCUGGCGCAGAGUGGCAGCAGAUCAGUCCGUUGAGAUGGCCUAGCGGCAAGUCGGUGACGCGGGAGCGAGAGUGGGAGGCGAUGUUGGGAGGCCAGGAGGAGCGCAAGCCCAAUAGCCUCAUGACCAUUUACGAGGACGACCAGAGACACGAAAAUCGCAGCAGCCGCAGCUCGCUGGAGUCGCUCGACCGGGGCGGCUACGGCGACAAGGAGAGGUCGAAGGGCACGGCCACUCUCAAAGUCUAUAAUGACAACUGGAAGAUCCAGCGAACGGAAUCUGGUUACGAGAGCAGCGACAGAAUUAGCAAUAGCUCCGCAAAUCUGGACUCGCCCGUCGUGGAGAACUUUCCUCUCAAAGAACUCCAAUCAAUAGGCGAGCUGCAGCUGACCCGGGAUAUUUUCCCUCCAAAGGGAAGUGAUGUUGACAUCAUGCCAGCUCCCUUUUUUAUCGGUGAACAAGAGAAAAGGUCUCCAGACCUGUGUGACUUGCACAAACCCUUACAGAGGAAAAGAGCCUUCCGAUACACUCCCGGAGUCUUGGAAAACAACUACCUGGACAGCGAAAAAGAAGAAAACAUCGGUAGUCCAGUCAGCCCGUUUCCGCCUUACUCGACAAAGACAAGCAGUUCUGAAUGGAUCAGUUCAGACGACCUCGCCGGACCCUUCUCUGAACACGAGGCGAACCGCAUUGAUGCCUUUUCGCACAACUCCCCCCCUCCGCUACCCCCUAAACACUUUGGUGUAAUACCGGCCCGUCGACCCAAAAGCACCACGCCGGCACUCUCGCAUAACACCCUGAUCCGCUGGAUCGAGACGCCGGCCGAGCGCAGCCUCUCGUCCGACACCAGCUCCAACAAAUCCUCGGACCAGGAACGCAACGACCUGUCGGCCAGCGAGAGCGAAGACAGGCUCCCUGGCCGAUAUGGCGCCGAUUCCCCCGAUGUGGUUCUGCCCACAACUUAUUUCUCUGUGGAUAACUGCAUGACGGAUACCUAUCGGGCCAAAUACCACAAGCCCGCCUUGUACAUGAGAGCAGAGGACCACACGUCUUCGGGGGAGAGUGACGUGGACGCCAGAGGACUUCCCGUGGCAAAUGCUGAGCCAUCAGAUCUCCGUGCCGACCGACCACAACCAGCUUCCGCCAAGCCCAUUGCAAAGUGGAACCCGGUGACCCCGAAAGGACUGGAUGAGCACGGAUUCCUGUAGAGAGGUCUAAGGCAACACCGCACCCGUGACGAGAUUAAAAAAAUAUAUAUAUAUAUCACUAUGCAUUACGACUGUUGUCCUGUUUGAAUGUCUUGAGCAGGAAUCUGACAGCCUGUCAGAUUGCUCUUCAGAACGAGAUUGAACAAAUAUUGAAUUUGCACAACCAGAAAGGUACAGAAAAAGGACCUCUCCUGUUUUCAGGUUAUCAAGUCAAGACUGUACCAACUACUGAGCAAGUUUGUACUCUCCUGGUACAUUAAUGGAUCCUAAGGAUCCGUAUAAAUGGGUACACCCACAGAGGUAUGUGCGUACUGUAACGCUCAAGAGCAGGUUUUCCCUAACUUGGGGGCAGAAGGCAAAACGGGCCGAGGUGAAAUCCUGUGCAAAUGUCUUCCUCAUCUCUCUUUUGUGUUAAUAAUAGGCCGGACUGCCUGACCCUCUUUAGGUGACGGGUAAUUCAUACUUAUUUGCAGCAAGUAUGUGGCACAAACAAAGUCUUAGCACUGGAUGACACUCGUAACUCCGCAAAGAUUCUUUUUUUGGAAGCAUUUUGUUUUACGGCUGGCGUGUCAUAAUAAAAUGCUCUAAAUAUACAGUAUGUAGUAUUUGUUAAUGGUUGACUGUUUCUUAAGUGACACAGUGCCUUUUUUGUGUAUUAUAUACUGUAUAUCCAUAUAUAUAUAUUUUUUAGUGCCAAAGCAAGGUUUGAAUCGGCUAUAAUUUGUAAUUUUGGGGGGGGGGGCGGGAUUCCCAAGAUUUUAUUUUCAUUUCUAUUGAUCACCACUUGUUGAGUAAAAUAAACUGUUUUGAUUAA